AAAAACAAAAAAGGCGUUGAGUUUAGAGGACGAACAGAAGGAGAAAGCUGCUGAGUGGCAACAAAGAGGAAGAAAAGGUACACUGUGAUUGGCAGAUGAUUCAAGAGCUCAGAGACACCUGAGAGGCCUCAACCCCACGCCCACUGGCCUGAAGGCAUGCAGGCAAACACACACUGGGUCAGUUAUCACAUCAACGUCUGCUGCUCGGGGCUAACGCAGCUUGUUGUUCCACUCCGCACCAGCGGCGGCGCCACAGGCUCCUCCAGCCGCAAAACAACAGCUUCUCCCCGGGCCGUCACUUUCAAGCGACCGUGUCUGCUUUGUUUGUUCCGCACACGGCAGCAGAGCCGCCGCCACCGCCGCACACACACCCACUUUAACCCCCCACCACCACUACCACCAACCUGGAUACUUUUUAAACCGUCUUUGGUGAGUUGUCACCACUUAUCCGUGAGCAUGGCCAAGUCAAACGAUCUGAAAAUCUUCCUGGAGUCUUCUCUCAAUGAGAUCUUUAAAGCGACAGUGAGCGACAUCCUGGACUCAGUGGACCGGACCCUGUCCGAGUACCAGGGUACGAUACAGAGGAUCGAGUCCGAAAACGAGGGCCUGAAGCGGCUGCUGUUUGCACAGAAGAGCACGGAGCCUGCUGCCAGAGAUAUUCGUGAACGAGAUGCCACCGAAAAGUUCUCGACGUCCGAGUGGAACAGUCGCCCCAUCACCUCCACCCAGGGCAUGUUCAAGAUGUCCAUAUGCAGCAGUGACAAGAAGAGCUUCAGGAGGAAACACAAAGACAAGAUGAGGGAGAGCAUAUCCUCUGCCUCCUUUUUACUGCAGACUGAUCAUAUGGUAGAACGAGCACGUGUGAACACAGCGGAGGUCAGUGUCUCCACUCAGAACUUGAUAUCUGUAAAAACAGAGCCUGACCUGGACGAAAGCGUUGCUAUUGAUCUAUCACAGCCUCCAUCUCUUCUCAAUCUGACAAUGAGGCAAACAAAACACGAGAGCACAGAGGGCGGUUUUGACAGCCAUGACGCGUAUACACCUCUGCCGGCAUCUGCAGGACCCGAACAAGGCUCCAGAGGCGGUGACGGCGAGCUUAAAGUCACCAUUGUUUCUGACACUUACAUGCAGGAUGGACAGUUCAUUAAGACGGAGGAAGAGGAGCAAAAUGGAGUGUUGCAGUAUGGUGACGAGUUGAGAUAUUACCCUGAAUCAGAAAUAGAUCCUGAGGGAGCGAGCGGGCAGGGUGAAGUAGACACGCGUGAGAAAAACAUUUCGCCCGCUGUUCCCGCAGAUGACUUUUUGGAGAUUCGCGACAACUUUUUGCGUUGUCCCACCUGUCCCAAAACAUUCAGUCGAGCCACCUCGCUCAACGUCCACAUCAAGACUCACAGCGGCGAGAAGGCCCACAGCUGCAGCUACUGCGGUAAACGCUUUGGCCGGGCCGAUCUCCUCAAAUCCCACAAGCGAACCCACACGGGCGAAAGACCCUACAGCUGCAACAUAUGCAGUAAAACAUACGCCCAUCCCAGUCAGCUCAGGAUACACAAACGCGUCCACACUGGAGAGAAACCGUAUUCCUGCUCGCACUGCGGGAAACGUUUCAACGAGCACAACCAGCUCAAAGUCCACUUGCGGACACACACCGGGGAGAGGCCUUACAGCUGCCAGGAGUGCGGCAAAAGUUUCAGCAACGCCGGAAACCUGCGUAUACACGAGAGGAUCCACACCGGCGAGAAGCCGUACUGCUGCGCUCAGUGCGGGAAAAGGUUCAACGGCUUGGGCGACCUCAAGACUCAUUACAGGAUACACACUGGAGAGAGGCCCUACAGCUGUGAGCUGUGCAAGAAAACCUUCAGCCAGGCAGGUCACCUCACCAUACACAUGCGUAUGCACACAGGAGAGAGACCGUACAGCUGCAAUGAAUGUGGCAAGAAGUUUACGGUGGCCAGCAGCCUCAAACUGCACCAGAGGACUCACACGGGAGAGAAGGAGUACAGCUGCUCGUACUGCAGCAAGAGCUUCAGCAGGUCAGGUCACCUGAAGAGGCACGAAUUGGUCCACACCAAAGAGAAGGUUUUUCUCUGCAGCCAGUGUGGAAAGACCUACACAGAUCAGUCGUCACUUAAAAAGCACCUGAAGAUGCACGUGGCCAAGGAGCAGAAAGCUCAGAGCGAGGGAAGUACCAGCGAGGCUGAAACGAACCCAGCUCGACCUUCAGCUCUUGAGACACUUUCAGACACUGAAAGGAAUUAGAACCAAAUUCUAAUCUAGAAACUGAGAGUGAGUUUGUGUGAUGUUACACAAUAAUCUUAAGGGUCCACUUACUAGCUUUUUCAGCACGUUGAAACAAAUCUCACAGCCUACACCUGCAUAGUUUUGUGCGGUGUUUUGCCGUCUGUUAUUCUGGACUUCCUCUUUCCGGUCCGAUCGUGUUCUCUGGUUGAAAGCUCCAGAAAAGGCUAGUAAGUGGACCUUGGGUUAAUAUUAUUUUGUCAAACUACUGUUCCCAAGGUCAAAAAAAUAAGUUUCACGCUCAGAACUGUAUGUGAUGUUUGUGGUACAGUGCAAUACACUGUUGUCUAAUCUUUGCUGUAUUUUAGUAGGUCCACAUACUUACAAAUGUCGUAUAUUGAUUAUUUUAUUUCGAUUGAUGAACUCUAAUAUUCCUCUUGUAGUUCUCUCCCAGAACAGUGUAAAGACAGAAAAGGGACCUUAAAAAGAAACCUGCUGUAUGUUACCACAAUGUUAGUGGUAUGUUUUUGAAAUGCUUUAAAGGAAAACCAGCUCAGCUCAGAUUGUUUUACAGCUGGUCCAGUCCUUUUGAAAAUAAAACUUCUCCACAGGCGUCAGUACAAGAGUAAUUGUUUUGGAAAUAAGAUGCUUCUGCACACAUUUAUACACUUUACAGUAGCCACAGGGUUAGAGAUGUGUGCUACAUCAGUGACUUACAGUGAAAACCAUUAAUAUAUUGCUGUAUAUAGCUUUAACUAUACAGUCAGCAGUCUGAUCCGUUGAACUGACAAGAAUGUAUUUAUGUAAUAAUGUUUGUUAGUGCAAAUAUAAACCAUGUAAACCAUGCUGAUCUCUUUAAGAAUGUUCUAGAGAGUUUGUAUAUGGUUGUUCACUGUUCUACCUGGAAAACACGUUAUUAUUAUUAUGACACACACACAGGGGUAAAAUGUCAUGUUUAUGAUAGAGGCUACUGUUUGUUGUGGUGACUGGUUGAUAUACCUGCACAGCAAUGUAGUGUUUGCUACUAGGAAGUUAUUGUGACUGUGUGAUUUGUGUCUAAAUUAAAGAGAAAAGCUAACCCAAA